AUGUCGCUCCCGAGCAUGUCCAUGCACUGGAGCGAGGGCGACAACGGCGGCGGUAGCUUGGGCGGCAGCCGCCGCUCCUUCUCGAAAGGCAGUAUCUAUCGCCACCACUUCCUCAGCCUCGACCACAGCAGCACCGCUGGCUCUGCCAUCGGCUUCUCGCGGGCCGCAACGCACGACCGGCGUGCAACCGGAACGAGCGCUGGCUUUGAGUGGCUGCAGCCCUGGCGCACACCACAGGACUGCGGCGAGGGCGGUGUGGCUCUCCUGUAUAGUAUGCAGGAGGUCUUGGAGAAUGUGCGGCGGGCGAGGAAGACGAGCUUGAGUGAGCUCUACCACGUGCGCGCCGCCGGCAGCCCGGCGGCGUCGACGACGAGCUUGUGCCGUCCUCAGCACCUCUGCCCCCCGCGUGCAGCAACCAGUGGCAGCAGCGACGACGCCGAGGGUCGCUGCGGCAGCGUUAACCAGAAGAACUCCUGCAGUGCAGCCGGCAGUCGCACGAGUAGUGUCGACCGGCGCCGUCAACGCGACCGCGGUGAGCGCAACUUGUCGUUCGGAAAGGGCGCGCGGAGCGCUAGCGGUGACAGCGUGCAGGGGAUCGAGCCUGCGACAGAGGUGGAGGAGGGGGCGUUUUCGCCGCCCCUUCAAACCACCACGGCGGCAGCGCGGACAGCCGCGGCGCCACUCGCCACGCCGCCGCGGUCUUUCGCCUCAGCGGCUCCGGUGCCGCCGAUAGUGCCGGUCAUCCCGUACUUUGCGGAGGUGACGACGGAGCAGGAGCUGAUCUAUCGGCUUCAGCAACUGCAGCCGCAGCCGCACCCGCGCAGCGAGCACGCGCGGCGUAGGCGCCGCGCCUUGGCCAACUCCGAUGACGACGACGACGACGACGACGACCCUGCACGCAGUCCCCACCACCCGGACGCGAGCUGCCCGAGCGGCGGGUGCGACCAGACGGCGCGUCCCGGGGACUCGCGGCAUCGCCCGGGCAGGAGCGUCGAGUGGAGCGGCAGCGACAGCAACGGAGAUGAGCCGGAGGCCCGAGCGCAGCGGUGCAAUGCUUCGGGCGUGUCAGCCGACGAUGAUGACGCGGACACAUCCGACGUGCAUCACGGCAAGGACGAGGAGCGAGACGAGGAGGAACAUCGACUGAGCGAGACCGACUUUGGUGAAGGUGGCCACCUCGCCUGCGUGCCAGGUGACACGCUGCACCAGCGCUACACCCUUCUCAAGGCGCUUGGUGUCGGUCGCAGCAGCCGCGUGUGGCUCGCCGUCGAUCUCGAACAAUGCUCCUUGGCGCGUUGCCAGCUCAUCCGCGAGCUCGGCGAACGCGAGGUGCGGCGCCUGUUCAGGACAUCGGAGCGGCCAAUGUUCGUCGCCAUCAAGGUGUUUCGCUGCGAUCCCGUGUACGCGGACUGCGCCAUGUACGAGUUGAAACUCUCAGCGCUCAUCCAUGAGAACGUGAUGACGCGGCAGCAGCAGGAGCAGGAGCAACAACGGUGGCCUCCCGCACGCGCGUCGCAUUCUGCUUCGCUGCCGUCCUCGCUGAUCGCCGUGCCGGCGGCGUGCGAUGAUCCCGGUGGUGAUCUUCAGGAGAGCAGCGACGGAGGAGAGAACAGCACGUCACGAGGCCGUGACGGAGCUGCGGGCCGCACACGCGCAGACUCGGCCUCCUCCACACCGGGCAGCGGCAGCGUCAGCGCUGAGGUGGCAUCGCCUGCCUCGACCAGCGCCAUGGCCUUCAGCAGGCGCCUCACGACGGUCCGCGACGCCUUCACCAUCGAGGGGGCCUUUGGGACGCAUCAAUGCCUCGUCAUGGACGUGCUUGGGGCUGGCGUCGACCGCGCGAUCAACGAGGCGCACCUCAACGGCUUCCCUUCCGCUGUCGCACGCUCCAUCAUGCAGUCAAGCCUGCAGGGACUGGUGUUGCUCGCCGCCUGCCAUCUUGUUCACACGGACAUGAAGCCGGAGAACCUGUUCUUCACAAACCUCGAGGCCGACGUCGCGGAAGAGAUGCUCACUUUCCAGUCCGCGCAGCUGCGCGCGAGUCAGCGCCAAACCCUCUGCAGCAGCUUCACGCACCGGAGUACGGCAACAUCGGUGAUGACGGAGAGGCAAGAAGUGGCCGCGCACGAGCAGCAGCACCAUGGCGACGGCGGCACAGCGGAACAUACUGGAGUUGGUCAACGCAGCCCCUUCUCUGCUCCUCCACUGCCUGAUUACACACACGUCAAGGGAGCGGCGGCUGACCUGCACACCGUCCACGCUGCCAACGCCGCCGAUGUGGGUGCGUCAGGCGAUCGCGUUGCCUCGUCAGUCACCAACCUUAGCGCCGUCGCCGUCGGCCAUGAGACGCUGCACAGCAGCCAAGACAGCAGCGCCCAGGUGUCCUGCCAGCCAAGCUUCGCACGCACGCCGACCCGGCGCCGGUCAGCGUACGAUGUGCGCCUGUCUGGCCUUGGUCUGUCGCUUGUCGUUCCACCGUGCUUGCGACUCGGGGUGCGCGUGCUCACCAACUACGCCGCCCACGCUGCCGACGGUGGCGGCAUGACGGCCGACGAGCUUGUGCGUCAGGAUCCACUGGCGCAACUGCACUGGCUGUGCGCGCAGCAGCAGGCGCGCCUCUUGCGACUUCCAGGCAACGACGACGACGACGACUUGGGUAGCGUUGCGGAGCGGUGGAGACUCGCCGGAACAUGUGCGCCAGCAGCGUCUCCACCACCACCGACGCUGGAUAUCGGCAUGAGUGAGGACUUCAUCGACGAGGCAGAACUACGCGCACUGGGGCUGCAGGAGCUGCCAAAGAGCGACGCCGAUGGCGGCCGGUGUGCGGCGGGCAUGGCGGCCGACGAAUACGUAGAGGCGGACGUGACGGACUUCGUCUGUGUGCCAGCCGUGGGCGAACCAGCAGCACAUCAUCGGGCCACCGUCACCACGGCGGGCGUGGGGAUAGAAGACGGGACAACGCUGCCGCCGGCCACAUUGCGAACGGCGAGCGCUGCCACCCGUGCAGGAGGUGGCCGACGAACACCGUUGGCCGCGGCGAAGCGAAGACUUUUCCCGCCGUGCUUCCAUGAAGGCUUGGCCACUCCUCGGGACCCAGCAACGGUGCCGACCCGCUGCGAGGGCGUCGCUGCCGCCUCCCCCACGGACAGCAGCAGCAGCGGCGCCGCGCCGCCAGCAGGUGCGGCGGCGGCGGCAACAGUGCUGCGACGCCUCGAGUGCGAGGUUGUUCGCCACCAGAACUACCGCCGCGGCGUCGUCGUGCAGAGUCGUGAGUACCGCGCGCCGGAGGUGCUGCUCGGCAACUUUGUGCUGCCCGCGUGCGAUAUUUGGUCGAUGGGCUGCAUCGCCUACGAGCUGGUGAGUGGGCGCUUCCUCAUCGACUGCAUCGUGGACCGGGAGCGCUUCGCGACGGCGCUGUCGUGGCAACAGCAGCAGCGACACGGAAGGAAGGGGUGUCACGCCCCCGACGACGACAGCGGCGGCGCCCAUGAUGCGAAGGACCACAGCCGCGACGACGACGAAGAUACGCAGCAGCGCCUCAACAAGUGGGAUGGGCAGCCCGUCUACCUCGAGGACACGGAGCAGGACCUGGACGUGUUUCACCUAAAGGCAAUUAUGCGGCUUAUCGGGCCACCGCCAGUGAGCUUCUUGCGUCAGCAGCCGAUCGGGCUCUUCGUCGACGACUUCUUCGACGAGCACGGCGACUUCUGCUUCUGGGAACGUGGCGAGGCCGAGGAGGCCGGCAUGCGUUUGGCAGACCCGUACCGCCAGCUGGAGCUGACGUACUGGGCGGCGGCAAGUCGGGUGUCCGGGACGAGCGUCGCUGUGGGUUCUGCCGCUGGUCAGCAGCAGAACCCGCCUCUGCCCGAAACCGUCAGCGGCGUGACUGCGUCGCUGGACACCGACCCCCCCGGCGCACCCUCCGCUGCCUCAGUAGGGCAGCACGCCGCAUCGGCUCAAGCGCGGCGCGACCCACAGGAUACGAUGAACUACCCCAUCAGGACACCAGACUGGCAAGAUGUGCAGGCGAUCCUGCGCGAGAAGCUCGGCUCCGCGGAGGAGGCGGCGGACUUCGAGGUGUUCCUCCUCCGCUGUCUCCAGUGGGACCCGGCGCGGCGGGCCACGGCGGCCGAGCUUCUCGCCGACAAGUGGCUUGUCAAGUACAGCGGCGUCGUGGCGGACGCGAGUGAGAGCGAUGUGGUGGCGGAGAAGGAGGGCGGUGGCGACUCCGACGGGGAAGUGCGGCGGCUGUAG